UUGUUAUAUACUAAUAUUUUUCUGUUUUUAGGAACGUAAUAUAAUUUCUUAAUAUUAUAGCUUUAGUGAUAGAUAUGAGCUUUCUAUUUGGAAGUCGGUCGUCUAAGACAUUCAAGCCGAAGAAGAACAUUCCAGAGGGCUCACAUCAGUACGAGUUGCUAAAGCAUGCAGAGGCAACACUGGGCAGUGGUAACCUGCGCAUGGCUGUCAUGCUGCCAGAUGGAGAAGACCUUAAUGAAUGGGUGGCAGUAAAUACUGUAGACUUUUUUAAUCAGAUCAACAUGCUGUAUGGGACCAUAACUGACUUCUGCACUGAAGAAAGCUGCCCUUUAAUGUCUGCUGGACCAAAAUAUGAAUACCAUUGGGCUGAUGGAACCAACAUUAAAAAGCCAAUCAAAUGCUCUGCUCCCAAGUAUAUUGAUUACCUGAUGACCUGGGUCCAGGACCAGCUUGAUGAUGAAACCCUUUUCCCUUCAAAAAUAGGCGUCCCUUUCCCGAAGAACUUUAUGUCUGUGGCUAAGACAAUCUUGAAGCGACUCUUCCGUGUCUACGCUCACAUUUACCACCAGCACUUUGAUUCAGUCAUCCAGCUGCAGGAGGAAGCACAUCUUAACACCUCUUUCAAACACUUCAUUUUCUUUGUUCAGGAGUUCAACUUGAUUGAUAGGAAAGAGCUGGCCCCUCUUCAGGAACUAAUUGAAAAGCUGACCUCUAAGGACAGAUAAAGACUGAUUUUCCUAUUUACUGCACAAUCAACCUGGUUAUGUUUUCUCAGCUGUUUUACAGGUUCAUUGGACUGACUUCUGGAUCGAUAUUGCUUUUGUCUUAUUAUCCUGUUUUAAGUUGUGCAAUGAAUGCUUUCUGUGUUUUCAAUGUCUGUGUGAAGUUCUUUCUCUGAGCAGUGCGUAUCUGCGUAAGUGCCUGAUGUUUGUCCUCCUGCAAAUUCGAAGCAUUUUGUGAAUAUAGCACCACAAUCCUGAGAGAUCAGCUUUCAUGGUUUCCUUAUGAGUUAUUAUAAUCGACAAGAUAAGAGAUGUUGGCUGUUCUGAAAGUAAUUGUAACCUUUUUGUUCUUAAUAUUAUUACAGCUGGACAAAAUGAUUUGCUCCAGUCCUGUAAUGAAUAAACUUAGGGAAGGACUGGCUUUUUAGGUUUUGGUGGGACAGAAAAAUACAAAUGAUACUAUGCAAUAUUCAUGUUCUUAAAAUUUUUGGCCAUAGACCAUUGUUGACUAUUUGAGCCAAAGUCAGUUUCUGUUUGACCUAUGUCCUUGUUUUGAUAAAAAAGCAAAACAUUUUAUGUGUUACACUCUAGCCCCCCUUUUCCCCCUGACGUUUGUUAGAUUCUUACAGAAAGCAUUUCUCAUGGAAAUGGUAACAUAGCAGAUAUAGAGCAUGUGAUUAUAGAACAUAUUAAAAAUGAAUUGAGACAAGGAUGUGUAAACACUAUCAUAAUAUCUGAUAGGAGGGGUACAUUUAAUCUAGGCUGGUAGGUAUUUUUUGCACUUUGAAUUCUUUGCAUAUUAUGAUGUUGCUAGAUGAUUUUAUGCAUAUAUUUAUUUAUUUUUUUACCUUGCUGCAAGAUAAUAGAACUCUAAUUGGGUUUUGUCAAUAAAUGUAGUUUUUUAUGAUUGUUAAAAGUACGUAGCAGCUAGAGUGGAAAUAAUUGCUUGGCCUUUUUACAAAACCUUAUUUCAAAACUAAGAUUUCCUCUUAGCUGUUAUCAAUAACACUAAAUCCAUUUUUAAUGAGAAACUUGUAAAUAAUGUACACAGAUCAGUUACACAGUGGAAAAAUGAAAUGUUUUAACUAACAAAGCAUUUGUGGUACAAUACUGAAUGGUGUUUAUAUUAUAAUAAAAGUAUGUUUGACCAA